AUGCCUACAUAUGGAAAAAUAAAUUGUAUUCCGCAUACGAUAUUCAGGAUCUCGAGGCGAAACAAAAUCACAACACAAUGUUCUGUUUCAAGUCCAAAAACUUUUUUUGCUUCAUCUAUCAAUCAACAUCAAGUAGAAAUUUCUUCUCUUCCUAUGAUACAUAAUUUUUCGUGUCAAAACAUCAUGCAGACACCAUCGGGUGGUUAUUGUGAGGCAACAUCUGAAAAAUUUUGCCUUCUUUUCUCCCUCUCGGACAAAUAUCUUAUAAGUAGCGAUCCCAUUGCAUCCCGAAAACUGUCAUCCACUUCAUUUGCUUUACUUUGCUCUUCUCUUCAACAUGAAAUUGAAAACUGA